AUGGCGAAGUUCUUGGAUUUCGAAUCUUUCAUCGAUGAUGGCGAAGAAGAUUUCAUGUCUUAUGUUGAAAGAUUUGACCACUACUGGAAAGUGACCCAAAACAAGGAUGACAGCCUGAAGAAGUCUGCCUUUAUAACGGCCAUUGGUAAACGCCCCUACAAAACGCUGAAGGACCUGUUGCUACCGGCGAAGCCAGAAGACAAAUCAUUCGUUGAAAUCGUCGCAGUCCUGAGGGAACACUACUCUCCGGGAAGCAAAGUUAUCGCCGAAAGGUUCAAGUUUAAUCGCCGCUACCAGAUGGAAGGUGAGACAAUUUCUGCAUUUGCCGUGGAACUACGCCAUAUGGCAGCAAGAUUCGAUUUUGGGCCGUUUCUGGACGAUGCUCUUCGAGACAGGUUCGUGGCUGGCCUCAGCGACGCUUCGAUUCAAGCCAGCCUUCUGACGAAAAAGGAGCUAAGCUUCGAAACUGCGUAUGACCUAGCCAGAAGCGCGGAACUGGCUGCGAAAGAAUCCAAAGGCUUCCGCCCAACCUCUGACAAGACUUUUCUCGACGAAGACGUCCACGUCAUUCAGAAGGGUCAACAAAGACAAAAGGCGAGGACUUCGGCGGGUCUUGCAGCCGGUAACUCUUGUUACCGAUGUGCGGAGCAACACGAUGUGGGAGACUGUCCAUAUCGAAAGCCACCAGUUAAAACAGGACUGCAACUUAGAACGUACGGAGGCGCACCACUGGAAAUUGUAGGGCAAGCGGAAGUGCCUGUGGUCUACCGAGAACAACGCAAGACGUUGCCUGUCGUGGCUGUACCUGGAAGGAAGCCGUCGCUACUUGGACGUGACUGGCUUGCAGAACUGAGGAUGGACUGGAAGAGCGUAUUCACGGUGCAGACAAACGGAAUGGUGGAGGACCUGCUACGCAAGUAUAGCGAUGUCUUUUCUACGGAGGUAGGACUAAUAAAGGGACACAAGGCACAGCUGGUCCUAAAGGAAGACGCCAGACCAGUCUUCUGCAAGGCUCGACCUGUUCCCUUUUCCCUGCGGACAGCAGUCGAAGAAGAAAUUCAACAGCUCGAACGGAACGGGGUCCUGGUUCCCGUAGCACAAAGCGACUGGGCUACACCAGUGGUCGUCGUCCCUAAGGCAGACAAAAAGGAACACACCCUGCGCAUCGACAGGGAUUACGCCCGCUCAGUUGUUUUUGACGUGGGCUCCAAGAACACGUCUUAG